AUGUGGUACCCAGAAAAAACCUUACUCCAAUUACAAAGGCCCAAAGCCCCAGUGUCUCUCGCGGAGGCCAAAUUGGAGCAGGACCGGAAGGACCAAGAGCUAUGCGAGGUCGUCCCCACAAAGGUUACCCUAGGGCAUCGUCUGUGGCUUUUGCAGCGUCUAUCUAGUUUGCUGGACGACGACUUCAAGAAGGGGAAUUUGACGAAGCUUCUGCAUGAGUGGAUGCGCCAGCUAAAGGAGGUGGAGCUUCCAAAUCAGGAGCGCGACAGCCGGCAGAGACAGCUGGAGGUGGAGCAACUCCUCCGCCGGAGUGCCGAUCCGAAGGCUUUGAACCGGUUCGGCGGCACAGCGCUCAUAAGCGCCGCGGCAGAGGGUCUGCAGGAGGUGGUCGAGGCCUUAGUGAAGGCCGGGGCCCAGCUGGAGGCUCGAAAUGAGCGUGGCGACACGGCCCUCAUUCUCGCUUCAAACAAGGGCCACUUGAAGGUGGUCGAGGCCUUGGUGAAGGCCGGGGCCCAGCUGGAGGCCCGCGAUGAGCGUGGCAACACAGCCCUCAUUCUCGCAUCACACAAUGGCCACUUGAAGGUGGUCGAGGCCUUGGUGAAGGCUGGAGCCCGGCUGGAGGCCUGCGAUGAGCAUGGCAACACAGCCCUCGUUCGUGCGUCAAGCGAUGGCCACUUGAAGGUGGUCGAGGCCUUGGUGAAGGCUGGAGCCCAGCUGGAUGGCCGCGGUUCGAAUGCCCUCAUUCGCGCAUCAGUCGGGGGCCACUUGCAGGUGGUGGAGGCCUUGGUGAAGGCUGGAGCCCAGCUGGAGGCCCGCGAUGGGGGUGGCCACACGGCCCUCGUCCGGGCGUUAGACUUUGACCACUUGCAGGUGGUCGAGGUCUUGGUGAAGGCUGGAGCGCGGCUGGAGGCCCGCGAUGAGAAAGACCCAUCCCUCGUUCGUAGGUUAGCCUGGGCCUUGAAGAAGGCUGGAGCCCGGUUCAAGGCCCGCAGGCCUUGGUGA